AGCGCAGGCCCAUCAAACCCAGCCCCCACCAUUUGUUGGUUCACAAAACUGGACUGUCAACUGGCAGAGUGGGUGAAUGAUAUGAUGCUUUGAAUUGUGUGCUGUUUCCCCCGCUUCGGCAGUGAUCGUCUGCUGACCAAGAAGUUAGGUUUGGGGCUUUUUGCGAGCACAGCAGUCACUAAUGGACUUGCCGUUCAGUGUCAGUCAACUGGUGAGAUGGUAACAUUACGGAGGCGAGUAACAAGUACAAUCGUCCUCUAGCUCUCGGUUCACAUCAUCAAGAGCACACAGCACAGACCGCGACCGCCCCGUCCCUAAUAUUUAGUAUUUACUGAUCCGCAACGCUGCUGUCAUUAUUUCUGAAGCGGUGGCUAAUUUGACUGCGCGCGGGUUCUCUGGCGGAGCUCGAGGCCCGUUGAUAGAUUGGACUCGAAUAGGUAAGAAUUCACGGCAGACACCUGCUUCAAUCACCAACGUAGGAGAAAGCUGCCUCAGUACUGCGCUAGGCACAACAUCCAAUCGGUACUGCUUGUACAUCGCACGACAUCAUCAGCAGCAGCCAGGGUAUCACUCAGUGGAACACGAGUGAAGACGAAGGACAAGAGAGUAGGUGCUCAGACAUACUGCUGGGCAUAACCGUUAAACAUCUUGAAGAGACAUUCUCUUCUCUUCAUCUUGUCCCUUGCCUCCCACGGCUCUACACUGUCCGGACAGCAUAAAGCCGCCGAUCACCAACAUCAUGCCUCGCUCAUUUCUGGUCAAGAAAACAAGACACACGUCAGCCGUGUUUCCGCGGGAUAUUUCCAUCGAGGCCACGACGCCUAUCUCACCAGGAUGCACCCUCAAUGGAAUCAGCGUGAGACUCAAUAAUGGUUACAUACAUGACAUCAUUCCUUCCCCGACUGCCUCUCCUCCGGAGACACCAACACGAACAACCGUCCUGGAUGUCGAGACUUCGUCUGUCUGCGAAUCGGCGUCCGUUUGCGAAUCAUCAUCCCUUUGCGACUCGCCUAUGUCGGUGGAUAUGAUGGAGCAAGUUCAUGGUGAUCCACUCCACCAUAACCAACACCAGCAGCAAAGCCGAUUCCUGAGUCCACCCACCAGUCCUAAUCAGGUAUUUCUCUCGUACGACGCGUUUCUCAUAACAGAUGGCCGGUCGAGACGGCGUAACGGCAGCGGCACACCAGCGCUUGGCACCAUCGACCCUAACCGCCCCAAGUAUCGUUGCAACGAGUGUGGUAAGGAGUACGCCACGUCUAGCAAUCUGUCUCGACACAAACAGACUCAUCGCAGUUUGGAGAGUCAAUUUGCCAAGAAGUGUGACAUCUGCAACAAGGUGUACGUCAGUAUGCCAGCCUUGGCUAUGCAUGUGCUCACACACAAUCUCAAACAUAAGUGCACAAUGUGCAAUAAAUCAUUCAGUCGGCCCUGGUUACUACAGGGGCACAUGCGGUCUCACACCGGUGAGAAACCCUUCGGAUGCGCGCAUUGCGGCAAAGCGUUUGCUGACAGAUCAAACCUCAGGGCCCACAUGCAGACACACUCGGCGUUCAAGAACUAUAGAUGCAAGAGAUGCGAUAAGACUUUUGCUCUCAAGUCUUACCUGAACAAGCACUACGAGUCGGCCUGCUUCAAGUCAGAUGAGGUGGGGCUACUGAAGGCCAUGGAAGACUCCGAAGAUUUUCCCAAAAGCCCAGACAGUUCAGCAUAGAAGAAAAAUCACUACAUCUUCAGAGUUUCUACCCAAAUUUGGUCUGAUAAAGAUCACUUUUUUGAAAAAAAAGGCCUCACUGCGUUCACUGUUAAAGCUCAGAGCACUGACAGUAUACCCUGGGACGCAAAGUGAGCCUGAAUCCUACUUUUGACAAAAAUCUUGCCAGAAGAAGUUCGUCGUAAACUCUCCCAUUUAUACCGUUUUUAAACACCUGCGUGCACCAUAUAGUUUUCUAGUUCAUGAAUGGGUAUUUUCCUAAAAUAUAACCUGUGCGUGUGCUAGUGAGAAUGUCAAUUGGUAGAAGUCUUCCAUGGAUGUAUUCACAUUGAAUCACGCUGUAUUAAAAGCAAUGUAUUUUAGUCGAGCAUCCACUUGAAUCAUAAUUUCAUUACUUUUGCGUAGAAUGAUUAGAUGUUCAUCUUUUCUCCUGCAUGGUCAUCAGUCGAUCAAGCCAAGCAGAAAUAAUCGAAGACAAUUAGACUUUCGUAUUGGCUGAAGCGCCGGUUUGGGAAAUGGGACUUAGCCAGAGUUGGUCGCUUGAUUGACCCGGUAAAUUGUUCCAUCACGACCCACUGACAAGGCAACUCUCAGAACUCGAUCGUAAGAGUCUGGGUGUGGUCUAUAAUGAAUAGAUUCCAAAAGGGACCAACCAGUAAGUUUGGCUUUGAAAUUUGGUCGUAAUUAAACGUCUAUCACUGACCAAACCUCAGGAAGAUAUUAAGACUUAAUUAUCUACAAAAUAAAAAACACUGACAAUCAUUACAAUAUUAAUGUUGACUUUUUCUAGACAUACAAAUAUAUGAGUGAUCAUGGUACUUUUCCGUUGGGCAAUGAUUAAGUUUCCGACUCGGGAAUACAACCUAAAUGUUAACUGAUCCAGUGGGUUUUCCUUACCAGCCUGAUAAAUCUUACCUUCAAAUACAAACCAAUGGCAGAGGGAAAAACUACAUCAGCGUGGGCUAGGUGUGACAACAUGCAUUAGGCAAGCCUGUGGCUCAGAGGUCAGAUAGGCAGAUUAUAAAAACAGCGACUGAACACAAAAGGAAGCCUGACUGAGUGCAGUGUGUGUCAGAUAAUAGAGAUUUGUGUAUUGAUUUGGUACUAAAACUUGUAGAUCAGUCAUCAACUCAAACACGAGGAUUUCAAAAUAAAUGGAAAAUCACUGAUAAGGUAUUUCAUUGUUUACGUCCUGAGAAAUGCAAUACUGGACAAUAAUAACAGGAUAGCAGUGAUUUUUUGGUAACCUUGAAUUGCUUUAACACCAUUAAGAUUUUAAUGUCUGCGCUUUGUUAAGUCCUGUUACGGUUUUCAUUGCCUAACCAUAGGUCUGUUGUGGAAAACAAAUGAUCUCACAUCUCGCGCAGGAGAUCACAUUCAUCAUGGGUUAUAGGAAAGAAUUUUGGCAGUAUGACAUGCUGUAGUAGUUAUUCCUCUCGCUUUUGGCCUGCAUGAGGUCUUUAUCAUGCUUCCAUUUCUCAAUAUUAACACAUUAGCAACGGCAAGCCUGCAUGUCAUCACCUAUGCAGUGCUCGAACUUAUCGACUAAUUUGGCUGUCAAAUUCAGAGAGCUCAAGAUGUAGCGAUUCUUUAGGCUACUUGAGGAGCAGACUAUUUCAAACCAAAAUGUUAAAACAUCAGCAACCUUUAACGCGAUAAUGACCAUGAUUACAAACAGAAACAUCUGCAUGUUUGACCAUUGCAAAUAUGCACAUUGAAAUGCCGACGCGCGCGCACUCACUAGACGUGUACUUUGUUUGCAUCUCGUGCUACGCGCCACAGCAAAUUCGAACACCAGCAACCGAUAUCACUUAUCAAGGAUGCGAAUUUUGCAAUCUCCGGGUGUUAUUAGUCCUCCCAACAUCCACAAUCCCGCUGGGACAUUAGAGGGUAAUUAACUAAUAUUUAAAGGGGUAGGACUGAUACGCAAACCCCAUGCUCGUUUAUACUGCAGUUGAGGCGGUGCCUGUCACUGGGGGAUUCCAAGCGAUAGCACGAUCACGUCAAAGUGAAAACCAUCCACCCGUCCUCGUUUUACUUGUAGCGCUGUGGAGUGUGUGAUUAAGACAGAGUCGGAUCGUCGUAUACUUUUACAUGAAUCGGAAAUGGGAAAUCUUUCCUUUUUAUGUUGAGCUGAUAGAGUCACGAUUUAGUCCAUUUCAAACUAGCGAGAUGUUUUUGUGUUUUGAAUUGGAGCUGCAUAACAAAUGGUUAUACGUUUUACUCUCAGAGUCUUAAUUAUAUUCACACGUCUUUAGUUCCAACCUGUAAAACGUCUCGUCUUAGAAACGCAGCCUGUUUAGUUUACACCUUUGUUAACGAGAUUUUAAGGUAUCAUUACUUCUUUCACAGGUAGUAUCAAUCUGCACAAACAGUCGCACAUCAAGCUGUACUAAGUAGUUCAAGAAAAAUAACCAAAUUAGUGUAGGCGUAGUAUGUUACUUUACCAAUCUCCAGCACUCAUUGUAAAGCAUGUCACAUGACUAAAAUACUCUCCUUCAUUGUAGAAGCUUGGGUCCGAAUUAUCAGUACUACCUGAGACUUACAAACAAAUGACAUUUAAUUACACUAGAAAUUUCACUGUCAAGCUGUUCGGCUAUACGCAGUGCCCACAAGGUCAGCCUCUACAAAUUGAAUUCACAUCUGUUUUUCCCCCUAUUUUCAAACUGAAAAUCUGAUGUUUUCUUUGAUUCAACUCGAGUCCUUCAUUCUCCUCAGUGAUACUUUGCAUGAGACGAGUUUUAUUUUACACGGCAACCCCUAAAAACCAUCUUGCCAGAAAAACCGCCCCGUGCAUGAUUGUGAGGCGCAAUUAUGAAUGGACUGCAGGGCCAGAUAUAUAUAGAUAUGUUAAUGAAUAAUUCAACGACUGCGAACGCACGCAAUACUACUCGAUUACUAUGGCUUGUGUCAACAAGCGAAACGCUCGUCAGAGCUUCAGGUAUUGCAUUGGUUUAUCCUAUUGUGAGUUGUUGAUUCUUGAGAUCUUAUAAGAAAUUUAAGAAGUUGGAUAACGAUAAAUUAAUCAUACUCAUAAUUGUGGUCUUUGGUAUCAUUAAUUGGCUAUAUUUAUAGAAUUCCAUUGAGUAUGCAAUUCCUUAACGAACUGUACGUGUAAUUCUGGAAUAGACAAGUAUAACGCGUGAAAAUGACAUAAUGUGGAAAGUUUAGAGGAUUGUUCUUUUGUCUUAUCUUGACUUUCCUUUAGCUUGGCACAAAUUCAGAUUGUGCAAUUUGAACAAAAACAGAUUUUUUCUUGAAUGAGCCGCACGCCUUGUUAAUAUGGGCCCAAUAAUGGAUUUGAAAGUACCUCAGACAGUAAGUGUCGUAGCGGUUUUAGAGCCAGUGGUGGCAUAACAUUUUAUGGCGCGUAUAAAAACCAGCCAAAUCUCUACGCGCUAAGCCACCAUUAGCUGAUUAGAAAUGAUAGUUUUGGUUGCUAUGGCCAUGAAGUACUAACCAAUAGCCAGUUUUCUCUCUUACAUUUCGCCAGUCAGAUGUAUGAUCAGUAAAACUGUUGACUCUGCUUGGAGGUGGACUUGUGUAUUUAAAGACAUAGAGUUGGAAUUCAUUUUCGUUUGUUUCACUGUCAAAACGUGUUUUUGUAGUUUGUGUACGCCACACGUAUCUCUGAGCAUGGAGCCAUCCUUUUAAUAGCUGUGUGCUCUGAGAGAUUGCUUUUAAUAACAUUGAAAAUUCAAAGUAAAUGUAAAAUGUUGUUUUAUUGCUUGCAUUUAGUUUGGGAUUGAUUAUUACCAUUCCAUGAUGUGUACCUGCGUGCACACAAUGAUUUCAUUAAUGUCUGAAGUUAUUUUGUUUUUCCACGGGGGUCCUGGUUGACAAAAACAAGCGUUUUAAAAGACAAUCACACGUCUAAAUAUUUGAUUUGAACCCCAGUUUCUCUCAGUGAAAAUCUUUAUGGUUAGGCACGAAUGAUAAACAUCCCUAGGCUACAUACAUGCUGUGGUGCUACGGGUACGUAGGAGGUCGCUAAGUAUUAGGUCUCUCUAAUUUUCGGCACAGUCACUAACGUAUUUAUGCAUGCCUGUUUUUAUGUUCGCUUGAUGUGAACUCACUGACUAGCCCACAGGGUCAAAGUUAAAAGACAAAAAUAGUACCGGUAGUUUCUGUCCAUUGGAAGUGAAACUCUUAGCAACAAUAAUGCUACCGUUGUUUCCCAUGUAAGUGAUUUGUACAAUUGCUUCAAACAUUUUCUUCAAUGUGCAAUAUGACUGUACCAACGAAACGACAGGCCUACCAUUUAUAACGUGCAAUCUCAUCUGGUCAUUUCUAUUUAUAACAUUCGUAACUGUAUAAUUUUGACCUCCACUAAAAAUAUAGUUUUUAUGUUAUUCCAGAUAUCUUCUCGUUGAAUGUACCACUAAAACCUGCAAUAAAGCGUGUACAAACUAUCUAACGAAAUAAUAUAACUGUAUAUAUAUUUCAGAUACUCUAAGGAUCUUGGUUUUUAUAGUCAACAAACAUGUAUAUACUUGUUUUUAUCUGCUGUAAAUUCGUGUUUGCAUCAUUGUUUCCACUUCGUCGACCAAAAGAUAAACAUUAUGCACGGAUUAGAUGUAUAUAAUUGUUUUAGUUGACCAAAUGAUUUUCACUACAGUGACCAAAAUAGCUCGGCUGCUGUUUCUCACUUGCAAAAGAAGCUAUCACGAUCUGAACUGGCUAAAUUAGUCCCUUUCCAAUGGGAUUUACCGCUACAUGAUAAUGAUUUCUCUUUCAAAAAUUUAUUGAUGUAUUACUUCUGAUUAAAGUGUUUACUUUCAUUGUGUGAAAGCUACAGAUAUUGUUCAGUACUUCGACUCACGAUCUGUUAUCAAGUAAAACAUGUUUUCCUUACACUUCAUUACUAUAUACAUUGAUUAGUUAUUCGUUCCUUUGCCAUUCUGUUGGAAACUUUGUAUAAUACAGAGUAAAAUAAAGUU